UAAGGAAGUUAUUAAGAAGCCCGAUCAACCAACUUCCAACGGGUACACAUAUUGAUUACUAUUAUAUACGACUGUAUCUAAUCAACACUAUAAGCAAUAGUUAGUCUCGAUUGGAGCACUGUAAGUCCUCUUGGUUAACCCAAUUCAUAACUUCAUCAAUUUAACUUGUGGUAGUUGUAUGGACAAUAUCUUAUACAACAUUCACAGGAUUUCUAUAUAUCUUGCAACUGUUCUCCUAUUUUUACAAGCUUUACUCUCCAUUUAUACUAAUCAAUAUGAAGCAAUUUUUCAUUGGACAUAUUCUAUGCUGCUUACUGUUUGUAUCAGCUACUACAAUCACUGAACAAGAGUUUAAUCAGCAAGCAGACCAAAUAUUGGAUGUCCAAGAAACAGAUUUAUUGCAGAAAGAGCCAAUAUCGGUAUGUGGAUAUGUAGGCGCUGCAGCUACUUGCUUAAUAGCAGGAACAACAGUUGCAGACUUUAUCUAUAAAGUCAGUACCGAUGCAAUACUGAAAUACAGCAAUAGAAAUAACUGUGGACCGAUUUAUGGACAAAUGGGUUCUUUGUACUAUAUCUAUAGAGCUGAAGGACCUUGUGCUACUACAGCAAUAUUACAAACAGUAGAAGGAGCUUUGGAUAAGCAUAUUGAGAACAGUAAUAUGUGUCCGUCCCAAUGUUUGAGAUCGGACCAUGCUGGAGACUGGGUGGGGUAUUUGACCUUCGGUAGGAACGCGGCAGCAGUUAAAAAGUCCAAGUGUGACUCUUCCGGCACCUUUGCCUACUGUGACAGCGGUGGAAAUAACAACUUACCUGACGGAACAGACAAAGACGAUGGCCAGAAGAAUUAGGGAGUAUAUAAGAAAUAUUUUAUAUGCAUCUCCCUUCCUACUUUUCCUCUUAACUCCUUUGAUCGUUUUUAACCACUUCAGAUUUUAUGUAUUUUUAUAUAUGAUUGUUCAUUUACUAA